GUUUCGCUAUCACAAGCCACACUAACGGGCUUACACUGGCAAACUACCCUGAACAGAUUUUCCGUUCUUGAUUUUGCUCGUUAGACACCAUGGCGCUACUUUGUAGAGAUAGUUAUACAUGAUGGUUUACGCGUAGACGCAUUUGGAGUACACCUUUACGCACUGAACAGCGGACUCGCCUUGGAGUGCUAAGAAUUUCACGGUUGUGUUUUCACCUACUCGUCGACCUUUCCGAGGGAUACAAGCCGCCGGUAUGCUUACACUUUUGUACGGAGUGUUGUGUUUUUGUGCUCUGGGAUGUGGUCAGUUAACAAGCGGCCAGGCGGACGAUGGAAAGCGCUACAUCUGUCGGGCAAUACCCCUCACGGGCGACGCCAGUUGCCCCGUGACUUUGUUACCCGAGCUAAAUGCCGGGAGUCAAGAAGAAGAGCUCAGAAACACGGUCAUGCAGCUACGAGAGACGAUUUUACAACAGAAAGAAACGAUUUCCAAACAGCUCGGCACUAUUAACGAGCUCACCACCAAACUGUCUCUGUGCGCCUCAGCCACCGCCGAUAGAAAGUACGACAAAGGGGGUUCGUGGGGCAAAGACAAGCAAAACACGAUGGGGGAUGUUCCCGGGGAUCCAAAUGAAACUAUCGACAAUCUUGGAAAAACAAUGCAGGGACUCAAGGACCGGCUGGAGAACCUUGAGCAACAGCAAAUGAGGGCCAACAUAUCCGGAGCCUCAUUCCCCAGUGAGCUCCGUGACCUGCUGCAGCAGCGUCUUGGGGAACUGGAGAAACAGCUCCUGAAAAAAGUCAGCACCUUGGAGGCGGAAAAGAGCAUGCUGUCCAAUGCAACAGCUGCGUACAGGCUGAAAACAGAGAGCACACUAAACGCCUUGGUGGAGAGGAUCAAUGAGUUGGAGAAAGGUGGAGGAGACUUCAUGUCCCCAGAGCAGUUUAAGCUGUCCCUGCCCCAGCGUACCAACUACUUGUAUGGCCGUAUUACCAAGAGCUUGCCGGAAGGAAAUGUACGCUUUACUCUCUGCAUGUGGAUCAAGUCCAGCGCCAGCCCUGGUAUAGGCACACCCUUCUCUUAUGGUGUACCAGGGCAAGCAAAUGAGAUUGUGCUGAUUGAAUGGGGCAAUAACCCAAUUGAGCUCCUUAUUAAUGACAAGGUAGCCCAGCUUCCAUUGGAGGUACGUGAUGGUAGGUGGCACCAUAUCUGCAUUUCUUGGACUACACGAGAUGGUCAGUGGGAGGCUUACCAAGACGGGGAGAAGCUGGGAGCUGGUGACAACCUUGCGGCCUGGCACCCCAUCAAACCUGGAGGAGUCAUCAUCCUGGGGCAGGAGCAGGACAUGGUGGGCGGGCGCUUUGAUGCCGGACAGGCUUUCGUGGGCGAGCUGAGUCAGGUGAACAUUUGGGACCGUGUUCUGAAGCCGGUGGAGAUCCAAUCUAUGGCCAACUGCACUUCGUACAUUCCCGGGAAUGUGAUCUCCUGGCUGGCGAGCAAUGUCGAAGUGUUUGGGAGGGGAGCGUUCAAGAGGCCCUUGGAGAUAUGUCAGGAGCGGCUGCCCAACGCUUAGAUAUCUCAGCCUCUCAUGCUAGCAUUUCCAUCCAUUCAGCUUUUUUUUUUUCCAAGUUGUGUUCUAUUACUGUAAGACAGCUUGUUCACUUCACUUGUAGAUGGAUGCUUUUCUUAGCCUGGUUUACACGCAGAUUUUAGGGGAUAAUUGAACCAAGUCUGACUGUUAGAUAUGUAGCAGUGAAUGUGGGAACACACCAACAUGCAAACUGUUUUGGGCAGCCUGAGCACAAUCACUUCUGGUUGUUAUUUCCAGUGGCUCCUUAAUGACAGCAGUUUCUCUGCCACAAUUAAGAUCCUUGGCUUCAGUAUGCCACCCAUAGUAACGUAGUCCCUGCAGGUAUUAGUGUUAAGAUGUAAAACAAACCCACUCCUACGCUCUCACACACUCACUCCAAAGCUCUGAAGUAAUGAAAAUCCACUCUAGUCCAGCGCACUCGUAGUAUGAAAAAUGCAUUCAGGUCCAGACCAACUUUGCCAUUAACAUGUGAGUGAGUGUUGCAUGCUGUGUGGGAGGAAAGAUUAAAAGGGUGACUAAUGUUAUGCCUCCUCUUUAACCAGGCAGUGGGGCUUAAAGCCAGUAACAAUCUGAACCUCACAUGUUCAGUUAUUUUAAAGGGGUGACGUCUGAAGAACAUAUUUUAUGUGGCGGUGACGGUCACACGGAUCACCUGCGAUAGACCGAAUUCUGUGUUAGAAAUGCUGCUGAUUUCAUUUUACAGCUUGCAUUGUGAUAAACCGGGUUGGGAAGCAUUACUGUCUCUUUGCAUAUCCGACACCAGUGAUGCUGCUUAGCACAGUGCUCUCUUCCUCACCUUCUCCAUAAUAACAAAAACUGUUUAAAUGGUGAAUCAUGCUGAAAACAUACUCACAGCUUCUAUAUUGUGAAGAAGAAGAAAAAAAAAACUAUCAAAACCUUAUAACGUGCGCUUGACUUGAAUGUAAAUUUGAAUGUAACUUUCUAAUAUGUAGUGUCUCUGUCCAGAAGGAAAAUGUAUUUUUUUUUAAAAUAUGAUCUGUUUUUAGCACAGUAUAAUCAAUCCCAUUGUCCUGUGCCUUCUUAUAUAAAUGCAUAAGUUGCCAUUAAUGUUUUCCAAGUGUUUCUAAGUGUUUAAUGUGGAAUGAAAAUGUGGAAAAUAAAGAAAAUUA